GCAGGCAUCUCCAUCGACGACAUCUUGGCUGGCAAAGAGGUCCCGAUCAAAUUCGAGUCCCGUUAUCCAGCUCAAGGCCACGAUUACAAGUUGUCGCCUGAGGAAGUUAAGAAGAACGACAAGAGGGCUGCUGCAUUACAGGACGGUCUGCGUACGGCUGUCACGGACAUGUCACGGACCUGUUCCGUGAGGAGCAGCGCCAGGCGCAGUUGCGGCUCACGGACAAGAAGCGGAAGACUGGAGAAGCUGCUGCAGCUGCUGCCCCUGGAGGAGAGCAAGCCCCUGCAGAUGGCCGCUUCAAACCUCCUGAUGCAGCGCCUGCUGAAGGCGGAGCUCGCGAG